AAGCCUCGUCUCGGUCCAGCACAGCGGUGACUGCAAAUCAAUGAAUCCGCCUGAGAUUACUAGGACACGGACCGAAGUUUGGAUCAUUUACCGAGGGGAUUCGUUAAAAUCCACACACUUGAUAACAGGGACAUGUAUACAGCAAGUAUGGACAAAAACUUAUUUUCGUCUCCUUUAGCGGACUAGAGAGGACGCAUUUUCUUUUUUCAACCAAUAUUCAACUCAAAAGUGGAGUUUGGUGCAUUUUUGCUAACUAAACGUAACUAAAAGUAACUCCUUGUUCAGAUUUGAGAAUGAUUUUUGCAAAUACUGGAAACCCACUAAGGACUCCGUAUCGCAAACAGCCACCUGUUGCCUCAUUGUCCCAUCCCAUGGCUCCACCCAGCCCAAGCACCAACAGCAGCACCAACAACAGCAGCAGUAGUUCAGGAGGCUGGGAACAUCUCAGCAAAACAAACCUCUACAUCCGAGGCUUGUCCCCUUCAACCACAGACCAUGACCUGGUCAAGCUCUGUCAGCCGUACGGUAAAAUAGUAUCAACCAAAGCCAUCCUGGACAAAACUACAAACAAGUGCAAAGGAUACGGUUUUGUGGACUUUGACAGUCCUGCUGCAGCCCAGAAGGCCGUGGCUGCCCUAAAGACUUCUGGUGUCCAGGCUCAGAUGGCCAAGCAACAGGAACAGGACCCAACAAACCUAUACAUCUCCAACUUGCCUUUGUCUAUGGACGAGCAGGAGCUGGAGAAUAUGUUGAAACAUUUUGGCCAAGUUAUAUCCACGCGCAUUUUGAGGGACCCCAGCGGAGUCAGCAGAGGAGUGGGCUUUGCUAGGAUGGAGUCAACUGAAAAAUGUGAAGCAGUCAUUUCUCACUUUAAUGGAAAGUUCAUCAAAACACCAACAGGUGCGGCAUCUGAACCUCUGCUGUGCAAGUUUGCUGAUGGAGGACAGAAAAAGAGACAAAAUCAUCAUAAAUUUGGCCAGAAUGGUCGAGCCUGGGGGAGGGACAUGGAUUCCAGAUUGGCUGGAAUGACGCUGACAUAUGACCCCAGCGCAGCUGCUAUGCAAAAUGGAUUUUUUCCAGCUCCAUACAGUAUUUCUAGCAGGAUGAUAGCUCAGACAUCCAUGUCUCCGUUCAUGUCUCCAGUUUCAACAUAUCAGGUGCAAAAUCCCUCCUGGAUGUCCCAUCAACCCUACAUCAUGCAGCACCCUGGUGCAGUGAUAUCGCCAUCUAUAGACCCAUCUGUGUCACUGCAGCCUACUUCAAUGAUGGCCCCACUCACUCAGCAGAUGGGUCACCUGUCUAUGGGCGGUACAGGAACGUUCAUGGCCGCCAACACAGCUAUGCAAGGAGCAUAUAUCCCGCAGUACGCGCACAUGCAGACUGCAGCUGCCCCUGCUGAGGAAAAUGGUGUCCAGGCUCAAGUGGACUCAUCUGGCAGUCACUCCCCUUAUUCCUACCAUCAGACCAAGUAGUGGUCUGCUGGUGUUUGGACAACAACAAAAACUAUCUAUAAAUCCAGUGGACGCUAAGGAACUUUAACUGUUUUUCACAUGUUUCGUUAAAUAAGAGGUUUUUUUUUUUUCUUGAUAUGAUUUCAGAGUUUCUCUGAGAUCAACAAAUGAUUCAUAUUCUAUAAAAAAAAAAGAGUUUUAUUUUCAUACAAAAAAGUUUUUUUUUGUUUUUUUUUUUUUUUUUACAGCAGUUUCUCACAAUAUGCACGAGAAUCUUGUGCCCACUUGUGCAAAGUCAAAGGUUGUAAAUAUGUAUUUUGUUGUUGGGAUUUUUUUCUUUUUCGAUUUUUCCCUAUUUUUCUGGCAGACAUUUUGAAAAUGUUUUGUGCUUGCUGUGUGAGUAUUGCUAAUCUGAAGUGUUCAGUGUUUUCUUCUCUUUGAAAUAACUUGUCAUUACAUUUUCCUACAUCGCUUUGACACAGCUACCAAGAGUAAAACGGAGCUGUAGAUGUGGAGAGAUGAACAGCACAAAACAUUUUAAUUAUGAAAAUAUAAUAAAGUGCUCUUCCCACUUAAGCCCAAAUGGGGAAGUAGAAAAAAAUGUCCAAACAAAUGGCUUGAAUAAACUGACUACAUGUAAUUAUAUUAUUGAAAUUAAUAUUUAUUUUUUUAGCUUGAGGCCUUACAUUUGUAUGGAUGUACCAUCACAUUUUCCCACUUUUUAAAAAUCAUUGUAUUUUAGGGUAAUUUAAAUUAAACUUGUCAGGGUAAAAAUUUGAACAGAACAAAUCUACUUUGCUCAUUAUUAUUAUUUUUUUAGUUUUUUAGGUGAUAUUAAUUGUUAAUUUGGUAGUAUGUUGUUUUUUUUUAUUUAAUUGAAAACAACUAAGGAAAACACAGACGUAGGAUUGUGGGGGAAAAAACAAUCAAAGCCUUAUGGAAAACCACUACACAUCAAUUUUAUCUGGGUAUUAAAUUAGACUUAAAAGGCCUCACUCUCUGACAGGAAACCAACUUGGCACUUUUAAGGUUAGUUUUCUUUCAUCAAAGACUGUAACAUUUGUCUCUUUAAGCAGGGUUUUAGGGCUUCAACAAAAUAGAGUGCAGUUUGGACUCUGUGCCUUUUUUCACAUUUAGUUGUCGUGUUAGAGUUUGGACCUUUAUGAACAUGAAUUAGUGUACCAGUAAGUGCCACACAGAGCUUUCAUUACAGAAAUAACUAGAAAAUGUUUCAUUAUAAGAAAAAAAAACCAGCUGCAAUUAAAAUAAACACAACAUUGUGUUUAUUUAAAACGAAAUGGUUGGAUUUAAAGACAAAUACUAAACAGUGGAUUUAAGCGAGUGUUCUGCUUAAAGUUUCCUCCUCUAAGUCUGUGAUUUGAGCUGGUCACCUGCCGGACCAGUUAUCUACCUCAGAGUUUGUUUUCUCCUCUGUAUUCGGUCGGGUUAGCAGGUCCAGCCCGUCCUUCCAGACCAAACGCCACCCUCAGGAGCUGGCCGCAGAUUUUUACUUUUUCCUCCGUUAUUUUUGAAUAAUGCAAAGUUAUAGUCAAAAAAGGGGAAAACUGCAACAACAGAUAGAGUCCUAGGGUUGAUUUGGGACAGUCCACCAUUCUUGCUGCUCCUGGUAAAAGUGUGUAAUAUCUCCUUUGAAUAAAUUACUCCUUUUUUGCAGUGAUAUAUCCUGACACUGAUUUUUAAAAAAACAUUUUAAACAACAUCGCCACUGCCAGAAUUAUUGACUUCCCUCAGUGUGACUGAGAACUCUUAAUAAGUUUGUGAUGAGUGUUUCUCUCAGGCAGACUAUUUUUUGCAACUUCUUUCAGCAAUUCAUCACAAUGGGAAAGACAAACCAGUUAAAGUAUGGUGAAUUUCUCUUAUUGUUUAUAAAUAACUGGAAAUUAUUAAUAAAAUGUGGCUACAUUCUCACAUUUACACCCAGAGGAAUAAUGAAGUCCAAAAUCUGGAAUUAGGGGAAAAAAACAAGGGUGGAGACGUUCCUACACCUUACUGUUUGGGAACUGCAGCAGAGUAACUUCUUGGGAUCAUCAAGAGUUCAAUGCGACAAUUUUUUUCAAGGCUUUUGUAGGCAUCUUUAUUUUGGUGUGUAAUUCUCAAGGACAUUAGAAAUUCUUUGAGACCUACAGAAACAAAGUAUUGUGGUGGUAAAAAAAAACAACUUUUGUCUUUUUUAAUAUAAAGGAGUAUUUUCCCCUGUAAUUUGCUGGUAUUUAAAAUAAAUGUCAAGGGCCAACUAUGGUUAUACUUGAGAUUUCUAUGUAAUGCCUAAGACUGAGGAGUAAUACUGUCUUAGUGAGGUUUAUGCUGCUAGUGGUGUCUGAAUCAAGUGCCAUAGUCUGGGUUAAGAGCUAAAGAGGUGCUUAAGAGAAAAAAGCUCAUAUUAGUAACCACCAUAUUGAACAUUCAUUAAGUUAUAUGAAAUUGUUCUAACUUAUGAAGAGUUUUGUACAGACAGAUUGAGGAAAUAUGAGAUUUUCAUAGAGCUGUUUAAAGGUUGCUUUUUUUAUUUGUGCCACUAUUACCAAAGGUAACAUGUAUGAAUGAAUUUCUUUGUUUUUGUUUUACUAAGUUUGUUCAUGGCAACAAGUUCUUUUUUCUUCCUUUAGAUUGUUGCCCAUUGUGUCUCCUGUUAAUGUUUUUGAACUUUUUUGAAUAAAAAAACAAAUUUGCUUUUAA